AUGGAGAGGCACAAAUGCAAGCUCUGUUUCAGAGUGUUCCCCAAUGGAAGAUCCCUAGGCGGCCACAUGAAAUCUCACUUGCCCAAGUUCCCUAUCCCUCCUCCCAAAUCUUCUUCUCCCACUACUCGCCGCCGUCGACUGGACUGCGAUCCGGCAACUGAAUCGUCGUCCUCGAUUUCCUAUACCGAAGAAGAAGAAGAAGAAGGUGGCUGCGAUGCGGUGGUUUACGGGUUAAGAGAUAACCCGACGAAGAGUUUCCGAGUGGCGGAUCCCGAGUUCUCCUUCGCCGGGUCUUCCUCCGUCGUGCAGGAUAGGGAGAGCGAGACCGAGUCAAGGAACCCGACCCGGAGGCGAUCCAAGCGGACCCGGAAUUCCGGCGGAGAUGAGAAGAAGGGAUUGGCCGAGAAUCAGCGUUGGGUUAUCGAAUCGCCGCCGGAGGCGGCAGAGGAAGAACCGAUGAGCUCUGUUUCCGAUACUUCCCCUGAAGAAGACGUGGCGAUGUGCCUGGUGAUGCUGUCGAGGGACGUCAAUUGGAAGCGCAGAUUCAGUUACAACAGGGGCGAAAUUGAAGAAGAGGAAGAGGAUGAGACGGAAAAUGGAGGAGAAAUCAAGAAGUGGGCGAAAAUCGAGGAGGAAGAUCAAAGGAUCAUGGAAAGGAGCAGCAGAAUUCAGGGGAAGAAGUUGAAGUGCGAGAAAUGUAUGAAACAGUUCCGAUCCUCACAGGCAUUAGGAUCCCACCGCCGGAUUUGCUUCCUCCAGCUCGGCGGCGGCAGAGGAAUGGGGAAUGUGGUGGCGGGCAGGAUUUUCCGGUGCCCGUAUUGCUACAAGGUGUUCGGGUCGGGUCAAGCUCUGGGUGGGCACAAGAGAUCACAUCUCACCGGUGGUGGUUUCUACCCGCCGCCGGCAGCCAUUGCUCCUCCACCUCCGUCGGCUGCCAAAAUCGACAAAAAUUACAGCUAUCCGGAUCUCAAUUUGCCAGCUCCCGUGGAAGAAGAUGAGUUCAGUGCGAGCGUGGUUUCUGAUGCUUAA